AUGGAUAUCCGCAGCAAUGCCGACACAACAGCAGGAGGGGGCUCCAUCGCUGGCUCUGAAGCCCCAACAACAGCUACACCCAUAGGCCGAGAUGGAGGAGGAAGAGGAGAAGGGGGCAACAAACCCAAGCUCCAGCUCCCAGCCAGCUGCGAGCCGCCCCAGCCUGGGCAGCCGCCUGCUAAACAACUUGUUUGGAUUGUCUUCGGCGGAACAGGCCACAUGGGUCGCUCCCUCGUCAAGUCCAUCCUCUCCCACUCGGACCUCGUCACCACCGUCGGCCGCGUCUUUGAGACGACCCCGGCCCAGAUCGCUACUCUCAAUUCCGACUCCUGCCUCGGCACUCUUUGCGACGUGCGUGACUAUGCUUCCGUGUCGAAAGUGAUGGAGAAAACGCUUGAUCGCUUCGGGAGGAUUGACUGCAUAGCCAACUGCUCCGGCUACGGCGUCAUCGGCGCGUGUGAAGAUCAGGAUGAAUAUGAAGUGCGCAACCAGUUCGAGACGAAUUUCAUGGGUACUUUGCAUAUCCUGCAGGCGUCACUGCCGUAUUUUCGGCAGCAAAACGGGGGACGGUAUCUGAUUUUCAGCUCCACCUCCGGCGCGCUGGGUGUGCCUGGGUUAGGACCGUACUGCGCGACAAAGUAUGCGGUGGAGGGGCUGAUAGAGGCGAUGCUGUACGAGGUUGACAGCUUCGGGAUCAAGGCCACGCUGGUGGAGCCGGGGCUGGUGAGGAGGGACGAGCCGGCGGAGAUUACAAAUAGUCUGCCGACUUGGGGGCACUUUUUGAUCAAGCCGGCGAGUGAGGCGUAUAGUCAUGCGACGAGCCCGGCGUUGCACGCGAAGAGGAUGGUGCAGUGGUUGGGGGAUAGGCAGCCGACGAGCGCGGUGAAGUGUGCGGAGCUGGUGUGGCAGUUGGGGCAUUGUUCUUAUCCGCCGUUGAGGUUGCUGUUGGGGAGUUAUGCGAUUGAGAGUAUUAGGGAUAGGUUGAGGAGUGUGACGGAGGAGUUGGAGGAUUGGAAACAUUUGAACUUUCCGGUGGCGCCGUCGGAGGGGGAGGUUGGGGGGAAGGGAGGGGAGGAAGGGGAGGAUGGGGACGGACAGGCGGGGGAGGGGGAGGGGGGGGAUAUUGUUGUUGAGGGGACGAGUCCGGAUGGGGGGGAGAACUGA